AUCCACACCAGCGUCACGCGCCAUGCCAACUCAGCAGGAGAUUAGGCGCUUACCACUUUGCCAUAAUUUCCACCCAUUCCCGCUUGCACCACUUCAAAGCAAUGCUUGUGCUCCACCCUCAACCUGCUCCCAUACACACGAUGAUAUCCAGAAAAAGAGAUGCCAUUGAUUCGAAAGUCCUAUACCAUCGCGUGGAUAAGUCCUCUCGAAGUCGAACUGACGGCGGCGUACCUCAUGCUAGACGAGGAACAUCCGCCCCUCGCACAGCCCCUCGGCGAUCCCAACCACUACACCCUCGGCCGUAUCGCGACCCACAACAUCGUCAUCGUCAAUUUGCCCAUAACGGGGAAUACUUCGACCGCAGCGGCCGUCGCGCAUAUGCGUCGAACCUUUCCCAGCGUCCGUUUCGGGGUUUUAGUCGGGAUCGGUGGAGGUGUUCCGGCUGUCACAGAUAAAGGGAGGAUUCAUCUUGGUGACGUGGUGGUUGGGAAGCCUGACAUGGGCACCCCUGGGGUUGUUGAAUAUGCCAAUUUUCAGGAAUGGUCUGAUGGAUGGUCUAGCUAUGCAAAAUGUGGAUCGUUAUUGCUGCCACCGGCGGAGUUGUUAGAAGGGGUGCAGGUGGUCGAAAGGAAGCGGGCGCGGCUGCGAGUGGAUCCUGUCAGGGAGCAUUUGAGGCGGAUUGACACCACAAUUCGGGGAUUGAGAAGAUAUGACUUUCCAGGUCGCAGUCAGGACUUUCUCUAUGCCACGGGUUAUCACCACGAGGUACCGGGCCUGUCCUGUUUGGAGGCCGGUUGUGACCUGCGGGUCCGUUGUUUGGAUGAUUCUGAUGCUCUGGGAGACGAGGAUGACGGCAAUGACCCCAUAAUCACCGUUCACACAGGGAUCAUCGGAUCAGGGCCGAAGUUAAUCAAGGACGGCGUGGUGAGGGAUCGCCUGGCGCAACGGCACGGGAUUGUCUGUUUCGAGACGGAGGCGGCCGGGGCCAUGCACGGGUUCCCGUGUUUGGUCAUCCGGGGCAUCUCAGAUUAUUGUGAUUCCCGCAAGAACAACGUGUGGCAUGGCUACGCCGCUGCGGUCGCCGCUGCCUAUGCGCGAGAGCUGCUUUGUAAUGUCCCCGGAAGGGGUGGGAGGCGGAAGGCUAACGUAAAGGACAAUGCAAAGCCCGAUAUCAAUCAUGCGGUGCCCUGCUACGUUCUUCCAUUGGUCGUCAUCCCUGGACAGACGGCAGUAUCCGUCUUCGACAAUUACCUGCCCGGCAAUGGAGCUUGGAGACUAGGUCUCAGGGCUGCAAGGCGACAUGGCAUUCCGAACCCGAGGAAUGUAACCCACGGUGAAGACCUACGGCCUAGACCACCGAGUGGCAAACCACCGGGGCGAAAAGUCUGACCAGGCCGGUGGGCACCCAAACCGGAAACAACGAGGGCAUUCUUCUGUUUGCCCAGGGUGCAUGCAAGUGUCUCAUCACUUUUCUCAAGUUGGACAAUUCAUGAAGCCAUAUUAUAACAAUCCGGACGAGCGGCAACUGGCAUCGAUGUGGAGUGCUAAACACUCUUCCGACUUGGUUGCCGCGACCAGGAUAUUGGAUGGGGUUUGCCGGAUGAGGCAUUUGGCAGGGAACUGGGUCUGGCAGCAGCGCCACCGACCAACCAGGAUGCAGUCAGUUGCAUCGGGUGCAACGAACCGACUACUACUAUUAG